AUGGCGGCAGGUUCGACACAAGUUACUGCGGUUAUUGAUGACGAAGAGAACGAGGCAAUGGAAGUGGUAAGUUUAUUUCUGAAAUUAAGUUGGUUUCCUUAGUUCAACAUUAGACUCACAUUAGUUCGACAUUAGACUCGCGAAAAAUUAAGUUAAAAACCAGUCAAAACUGGGUCACUUGUUAAAUUUGUUUUACGGAAUAAUAUUGUGAUUUAACAUUCUCUCAGAUCAAACGUUUUAAUCAAACGUAUUAAUGUUUUCAAUAGAACCAAGUGGGCAUCCAUGUGACAAAAUAAAUGAUAACUGAACUUCUUGCUCUCAAACUUUCAUAUGCACAAAUUGCAAAGGUUCUUGGUAUAUGCAGGAGUAAGCAGGACCUCUUUGUACAAGAAGAUGAAUGAAUAUAGGAUUAACUACAAAGAGAAAUACUCAAUAAUAUCAGAUAAUGAACUUGAUAACACUAUUAAACAAAUUUAUCAAGAUCAGCACAAAAUGGGUGAGGUUAUGUUAAUGGGCCAUCUGAGAUCAAAAGGGAUUGAUGUUCAACGGAAAUGUUUGCGAGAAGCAAUUCACAGAGUUGACCCUGUAGGUGUUGAAGAGGGGAAAGCAAACGGUAUAAAGGGAAGAGUUUACGAGGUUCCACAUCCAAACUUUAUUUGGCAUAUUGAUGGAAAUCAUAAACUAAUCCAUUACAGACUAGUAAUUCAUUGUGCAAUUGAUGGGUAUUCCAGACUCAUUACAUUUCUCCAGUGUUCAGAUAAUAACAGAUGUCAGACUGUUGUAGAACUGUUGAAUGAAGCAACAAAUGAGUUUGGUAUGCCCAAGCAUGUGCGAACAGAUCAUGGUGGAGAGAACGUUGGCAUCUGGACAACAAUGUACAAUGCCUAUGGAGACGAGAAUCAGCCAGCAGAGAGAAAUAAUAGAGACUUGAAUGUAUCCAUUACGUCACCAUUUAAGAAAGUGUUUGAAGAAUUAGAACCGGAGGGUCACCUCAAUGUGGACAACGAAACAGAUAUCUUUUGCUUGCAUUAUGUAUACCUACCUCGCAUUAAUCGAGCAUUAACCAACCACAUGAAUGCUCACAACCACCACAAAAUUUUGUCAGAGGGAUCAGCUACUCCAUUACAGUUGUUUACAGUUUAUAUGCCCUGGCCAUCUUUUCAUGGCGGUGAAUUAAAUGACCCAACUCCGGAUGAUUGGGCAACAGAGCUGCCAGAAACUUCAGUGGUAACAGUACCUAGGGUCCAGAGUCCACUGUCUGCUGCUAACCUUCACCUACUUCAAAGUAUAACUAACCCAUUAGCGACCUCUAGCACCAAUGGUAAAGAUUUGUAUUUAGAAACAGUUGAAUUUGUUGGUAGGAGCAUUUUAAAUAGUACUGACGAAAGUCACAAAACUGCUUAG